AUGGCUGAACUCCUUGUUGGAGCUGCUGUCACCGUUCUGAUUGAGAAGCUACUCGCUGGUGACUUUAUGAAGUUCGCUCGAUCUCAAGGAAUUGACUCUCAGCUGAAAAAAUGGAAGGAAACUUUGCCCAUGAUCCAAGCCGUGCUUGCUGAUGCAGCCCAGAAGCAAAUUACGCAAAAACUUGUUGAACUGUGGCUGGUCGAGCUUCAGGAUUUGGUUUACGACAUUGAAGAUGUUCUUGAUGAUAUCACCACUGAAGCUGUUACGCGAAACUUGCAAGAAUCUAGUAAUGGAAGCACAGGCAUUAGCAGUAAGCUGCUGAUGAUGAUCCCAACUCCUCAUAACAUUAUGUACGGUCGUAAGAUGAGCUCCAAUCUAGAUGAGAUUACCACUAGAUUGGCACAUCUUUACGAGCAGAGAAAGGGUCUGGGUUUAAAGGUGAUUAAUGGUGAAACAUCAACCAGAACAAAUACACGAUUAGAGGAAACUUCACUGCUGCCUAAUGUAUCUGAAAUAUUGGGCCGGGAUGGGGACAAAGAGGCGUUACUGGGGAAGUUGUUGGAGGAUGAAGGAACAUCUAGAAUCAGCAUUGUGUCAAUAGUUGGUAUGGGUGGGAUUGGAAAAACAACUCUUGCAAGACUCUUGUACAACGACCAGAAGGUGAAGGAUCACUUUAAACUCAGGGCAUGGGUUUGUGUUUCCAACGAGUUCGAUGUAUUCAGUAUUAGCAAGCAAAUUUAUCAAGCUGUAGUUGGGGAGGACAAAACAUUUACCAGUCUAGAUCUACUUCAUGUAGCUCUGAAAGAAGAACUAUCAGAUAAAAGGUUCCUACUCGUUCUGGAUGAUGUCUGGAACGAAGACCACAAGAAGUGGGAAGCCCUCAAACAGCUGCUUGUAGGGGCACGCGAAAGUAAAGUUAUUGUGACAACCCGGAACACCGUGGUUGCAUCAGUGAUGGACUCGGUUCAACCUCACAAUCUGGGAGUGUUGCCAUAUGAGAUAGCUUUGUCUUUGUUUGCUGAGUAUGCACUUGAAGAAAAAAACUUAGAAAAACAUCCAUCUCUUUCUACGAUUGCUCAAGGUAUCGUUAAGAAGUGUGGUGGUUUGCCUCUAGCUUUGGUAACAAUUGGGAGGGUCUUGAAGACAAAGGGAAAUGAUGUUGUUGAAUGGGAGGAGGUGCUCAACAGUGAGAUAUGGAGUUCAAAGGACAAAAGUGGUAUUCUUCCUGCACUGAAGCUGAGCUACUAUCAUCUCCCUUCAUAUCUAAAGCAAUUGUUUGCAUAUUGCUCCUUGUAUCCAAAGGACCACCAGUUUGACAAAAACACACUUGUCCUAAAGUGGAUGGCACAGGGGUUUCUGUCCCAAACAAGGGCCGGCAAAUCAAUGGAGAUGUUGGGUCAUGGGUAUUUCGAAGAAUUGCGGUUAAGAUGUUUUUUCCAGCCUUCAACAGAUGAGAACUCACGAUACACUAUGCAUGACUUGAUGCAUGACUUGGCCAUAAGCGUUGGAGGAAAGUUUUUCUUUAUGUUGGAUGAUAAGGCUGAUACAAAUGGCCGGAGCGAAGAUUUUGAGAAGUUUCGUCACUUUUCAUUCAUAGGUGAACGAUAUGCGGAAUAUAGAAAGUUAAAGGAAUUACAUAGAGCUAGAUGCAUGAGAACAUUUUUAGCUGUUGGUUAUUGGGCAAGAUUAUAUACAUUGGGCGAUCUUGAAAAAUUACUUACUCGGUUACAGUUCCUAAGGGUGUUGAGCUUAACAGAUUACUCAAUCACAGAGGUACCACGAUCCAUUGGUAAUCUCAAGCAAUUAAGGUACCUUAGUUUUUCUAAAACCCACAUCCCAGAAAUACCAGAAGAAGUCGGUAAACUUUAUAAUCUCCAAAGUUUGGUGGUUCGUGAUUGUGAUGAAUUAUCUAGCUUGCCAAAAAGUUUAGUAAACCUAAAAAACCUACGACAUCUUGACAUGGCUGGUACUCCAUUGUUGGAGAAGACGCCCUUAGUGAUUGGUGGCUUGACGAGUCUCCAAGCAUUACCUAUGGUUUGUAUCGAAAAAGGUAACGGCUUUAAAUUAUCUCAUCUCAAGGGCUUGUCAAAUCUCCAAGGUACACUUUCCAUUAAGGAGUUGCACAAUGUCAUAGAUCCAACUGAAGCAAACGAAGCAAAUGAAGCAAAUUUACAACAAAAAAAGGGUCUUGAUGAUUUGCGUAUGGAAUGGAGUGAUUUCUCUUAUACUUUCCGGGAUCCAGUUAUCGAAUAUGUAGUACUUGAAAGGCUAAGGCCUCCACCUAAGUUGAAAAAACUGAGCAUUUCUUUCUAUGGGGGAGUGGACUUUCCUAGUUGGCUUGGCAAUCCCACAUCAUUUGAUGGUUUAUCAAACCUUACGUUAAGAGGGUGUGAAAACUGUAAAGAUUUACCAACACUUGGGCAUCUGAGUUCACUUGAAUCUUUGGAAAUUGAUAAUAUGAAAUGUCUUGAGACAUGGAUGACCGGCGGUAGUGACAAUGUCGAGACUUUCCAAUCGUUUCCUAGUCUUCGUUCAGUUUCAAUUAAAGACUGUUGGAAACUUGGUAAGAUAUCAUUUGGAUUGAUGCCAUCACUUGAAUCUUUGGAAGUUGAGAAUCUGCUAUGUUUGGAGAGAUGGUCGACCAUUGGUGGUGACGAUGCCGAGGCUCCUCAAUCAUUUCCUAGUCUUCGUAAAAUUUCAAUUGAACGGUGUUGGAAACUUGGUAAGGUAUCGUUUGGAUUGCUACCGUCACUUAAGGAUUUAGCUCUAACAAGAUGCCCUGAAGCGGUGUUGAGAGACUUAGUUGGUGUAUCUUCAUCAAUCCGUAAAAUAGAGCUGCAUGGAAUUGUCGGGCUGACUCAUUUGGACAGAGAAGUCUUAAAAAAUCUUGGGACACUCGAAGAACUAUGGAUAUGGGGAUGUGAUGAAUUGAUAUACCCGUGGGAAUCAGAAUUGGAAGCAUGCAUGUUUCUUAGGAGUUUACAAAAGUUUUAUGUACAUUACUGUCCAAAGAUGCAAUCAAUCAAUGUUGGGAGCGGAUCUCUUAGAGUAAUGACUAUUGGUAAUUGUCAUUCACUGAAGAGUUAUUGCUGUCCCAAUAGUGUUGAGAAGUUGGAUAUAAGUUCUUGUGAUUCAGUGACAUCACUGAGCUUCUCUAAAAUUCAGGAGGUUGACCUCCCAUCAUCCUCUCAAUUGAAGACUCUUCAGAUCUUCAAUUGCAAGAAUAUAAAGUCAAUAUCUCAAGACCAUUUGCAAAGUCUCGCAUCGUUGGAAGAAAUGGACAUACGUAUAUGUCCAAGUUUGGAGGACUCAUUUCCAUCACGUGGGUGGUUGUGGCCUCCUAAUCUAAGGAAGUUGUCAAUAGGAGAAUUACAGAAACCACUGUCAGAGUGGGGGUUUCAAAGUUACCCGCCCUCACUUGUUCAACUAUCCUUACAUGGAAGGAAUUCAGGAGUGGUUUCAUUUAGAAUUUCUUUUAUGGAAGAAGCACAAGAUAAUAACAAUAUUUAUGAUAAUAAUAAUACGAUUAGCUCAUCAUGUUUUCUUCUUCCACCAUCUCUAACUUUUCUGCAAAUAUGGGAUUUUGCUGAUGUGGAAUCAGUUUCAGAGGUCUUCCAAAACCUCCCUCACCUUCAAGAUUUUUACAAAUGGGGAUGCCCAAAGCUUAGAGAUAAUUUGCCAGAGACAACUUCAACAUCAUAG